AUGAGAAACAGCAGCAAAACUCGCAAGCACUCCUCCACGACGGAAGAAGACGAUGUUGCCUCGGUUGAGAGCGGCGGCGGCAGCAGUGUCUCUGGCGUCGACGACUCUUCCGGCAAACUGUCGAGUCAACCGACUACGAUGAAUGGGGAAAAGAGCGCUACUUCCGAGUCUUCUACACUUGCCAGGGCAGAGACUCUGGCGGUCAAUCGGUCCAAGAUGCUCGUCUUGCUGGUACUGACUCUGGCUGCCAUUGGCGUCGGGAUAGCAACGUACCUCUUUACCAAGCAGACAGAAACGCAUGAGUUUGAAAGCAAGUUUCAUGACUUUGCCAUUGAAGUGGAGGAACUUGUUCACGAUGAAGCCAGGGAUGUCUUUCUCACUAUUGAGAACCUAGCUACCAUCAUCACCUCGGAAGCCAUUGCUACCAGGGCCAACUGGCCCAUCUAUUCCAUACCGCACUUUGAGAUCCGGGGUACAGAACUCAAUGUAUUGGCCAACUCACUCAUGGUGGCCUUUUCGCCCUUGGUACAAGAGGCAGAUCGGGAAAAGUGGGAGAUCUUUGCCAACUACCGGCAAACAUGGAUUCAAGAGGGAGUGGACUUUAAUGAAGAACUCCACAAGGACUAUCGGUGGGAAAUGGAACACUUGGAACCCAUCCACCCGACCAUUUACCGAACCAACUCGAGUGCUUUCUCCGCAGACCAUGGAGCCUUUCAUAUGGAUCCCAAUGCCACCCGCAUUCCAGAUGACGGACCAGGCCCGUAUCUUCCCGUCUGGCAACAAGCCCCGGCACCCCAUGACCCGCAUGUCAUUCACUACAAUCUCUUGCGUCACGAAGUCUUUAAUCGAGUCUUUCACGGUAUGAACGAGACAUUGUCUCCCGUGCUCUCUGAAGCAACCGAUCUCGAGUUCUUUUACGGUGGGUCCAUUCGAGACGAUGUCGAUCAUCCUCAUAGCUUCCUCCUCCAACCCGUCUUUGAAGACUUUAACGAGACACACCGCCGCGAUGCAAGUCACAUUAUGGGAGUUGCCAUUGCCAUUCUGCCCUGGGAUCACUACUUUGAGAACAUUUUGCCUUCGGAAGCACACGGAGUGAUUAUCGUCAUGAAAGACACCUGUGGGGGCGAGUUCAGUUACCAGGUCAACGGGGCAGAAGCCAUCUUUUUGGGCUAUGGAGACUUUCAUGAUCCCGCCUACACCCAUUUAGAAGAACAAGCACUCUUUGCUCCAUUUCAACGACUCAACUUUUCCGAAGCCCACACGCACUGUGAAUACGACCUGCACAUUUACCCCUCUCUUGAACUGGAAGAAGAUUAUCGCACCAGCAAACCCAUUGUUUAUGCCUUCUUGGUAGUGGGUGUCUUUCUUGUCACUGCCAUGGUGUUUGUCCUCUAUGAUUACCUUGUCCAGCUUCGCCAGAACAAGGUUUCCUUGGCUGCCAAAAAGAGCCAUGCUGUGGUGGCAUCACUGUUCCCCAAGAAUGUUCGCGACCGUAUCAUGGCAGAUGUGGAAGAGCAGCUCUUGGAAAACGACGGAAAGCUCACCAAGUCCACCAAAGUGCGACUCGGAGCCAUGCCCAAGAGCGAACUCAAGAACUUCCUUGACGAUGGAGUUGCCAACGCAGACGGCGUCCCGUUUGACACCAAGCCCAUUGCAGACCUCUUCCUUAGCACCACCAUCAUGUUUGGCGACAUUGCCGGCUUUACCGCUUGGAGCUCGGUCCGGGAGCCUUCUCAGGUCUUCACUUUGCUUGAAACUCUGUAUCAUGCGUUCGAUGAGACUGCGAAGCGUCGGCGUGUAUUUAAAGUGGAAACUAUUGGGGAUUGCUACGUCGCAGUUGCGGGGCUGCCUGAACCUCGAAAGGAUCACGCCGCGGUUAUGGCACGUUUCGCGAGGGACUGCAUUGGAGCCAUGAACGAUCUCACCAAGAAGCUUGAAGUGUCCCUCGGUCCGGACACAGGAGAGCUUUCCAUGCGUGUGGGACUUCACAGUGGUCCUGUUACGGCCGGCGUACUCCGCGGUGACAAGAGUCGAUUCCAGUUGUUUGGUGAUACAGUCAAUACAGCAGCUAGAAUGGAGUCUAAUGGCGUCAACAAUCGCAUCCAUGUUUCAAGAGAAACUGCCGAUCUGUUGAAACUAGCCGGCAAAGGUCACUGGAUUGUUCCCAGGAAAGAUCUAAUUGAGGCCAAGGGCAAGGGCAAAUUGCAAACCUUCUUCCUGGAUAUCAAGAAACAGUCAUCAGGGUCCCAUACAAGUGCCAGGAGCGCGAACAGCUCCGAGGAAGACGCUCUCGACAUGCCGCAUCUCGAUCCAAUGUGCGGACCUACCCCCGACACUGUUCCUCCCCAUCUUAAGCGAAAGAUCCAGUGGAACGCCGACAUUUUGCUUCGUAUGCUCAAGCAGAUCGUUGCUCGCCGCAACGCCGAGAAGAAGUUCGGCGUUGACCACGCUCUCAAGAGACAAUCUCUGCAUGACAGCAGCAAAGGCCAGGCUGCGAGGAUUGACGACUCGAGUAAGCGCCACCACACGGUGCUCGACGAGGUAGCAGAAAUCAUUGUUCUGCCCGAUUUCAACGCAGAAGUGAUUAAGAACGAAGAUGAUCCUCGCAAAAUUGAACUUUCUGACGAGGUUGUAAGGCAGCUACAAGAGUAUGUGACCGUCAUCGCCAGUCUCUACCACCAUGACAAUCCAUUCCACAAUUUCGAGCACGCGAGUCACGUGACAAUGUCUGUAGUGAAACUACUGACACGUAUUGUAGCACCAGAAGACGUCCUCAAAGAGGAGGACGACGACGUCGUCGACAAGCGAUUGCAUGAUUAUACAUUCGGAAUCACAUCAGAUCCAUUGACACAGUUUGCCUGUGCUUUCAGUGCAUUGAUCCAUGACGUCGAUCAUCAAGGCGUACCCAACACACAAUUGAUCAAAGAGAAGUUUGACAUUUCAGCGAUUUACAGGGACCAAAGUGUAGCGGAACAGAACUCUGUGGACCUGGCCUGGGCUCUGCUUAUGGAAGACAACUUCAAAGAUUUACGCGAUGUCAUCUACGAAACGGAAGACGAACGUCAGCACUUCCGCCAGCUUGUGGUGAAUGUUGUGCUCGCGACAGAUAUUUGUGAUGCCGAACUCAAGGCACUACGCAAUGGUCGCUGGGCCAAAGCUUUCAGCGGAGAAGAGCCUCAGACCGAAUUGGAGGUUACCGCUGCCGUCAACAGAAAAGCCACCAUCGUUUUGGAGCACAUCAUUCAAGCCUCGGAUGUGGCCCAUACAAUGCAACAUUGGCACAUCUACCGCAAGUGGAACGAGAACUUUUUCAGGGAGAACAUGAAGGCGUACCGGUCUGGAAGAGCGGAGAAGGAUCCCUCAACAUACUGGUACCAGGGGGAACUUGGAUUCUUUGACUAUUACAUCAUACCUCUUGCUAAAAAGCUCAAGGAGUGCGGUGUCUUUGGUGUGUCCAGUGAUGAGUACUUGAACUACGCCAUGUCCAAUAGGAGAGAGUGGGAGGCAAACGGCAAAGCAGUUGUAGCGGAAAUGUCUGCCAAGUUUUUACCAGAGCUCAUCGAAGAGGACGAGGAAGUGGAACAGUUUGAGGAUGAAUUAAUAUCGUCUGAAGACAACAAUGACACUACCAACCACCUCCUCACGGAAUCCAGCCUCAAACGCUCUAUUCGCGCUUCACAGAAUCGCAAACAAGAUAUUAUUCCCACGACACCGUCUGGCAGGGUUUUGAAGAUGGAAGAGUUCGAGGAUGAGGGUACGUCGACAGAGCUGAUUGCCCCUUUGAGCGCUCAUGCCUUGUCGGCGUGA